AUGUCUGCCUCCUUUAUUGGCGCUCGCGCGUUCAACCAUGAACAGCAUUCUGAUGCAGAGGCGGAGUACGAUAGGCUACGAGGGCUGGCCAGACACGAGGCCGAACUUCGUGGUUCUUGUUUCGAUCGGUCCCGUCAAGCGUACGAGAAUGGCGACGGCCAGCGGGCCAAAGAGUUGUCUGAGGAGGGAAAGGAGCAUGGCCGGAAGAUGGAACAGUACAACAAGCAGGCCUCGGAGUUCAUCUUCAGAGAGAACAACGCCGAAGGUCGCGUUGCUGCGGACACCAUAGAUUUGCAUGGCCAGUUCGUCGAAGAAGCAGAGGACAUUCUAGAAGAGCGCAUUAAAUAUGCCAGACAGCAUGGACAAGACCAUCUUCAUGUGAUCGUCGGCAAAGGAAACCAUUCCGUGAACCACGUUCAGAAGAUUAAACCUCGCGUUGAACAAGUCUGCCGAGAUCUUGGCCUUCAGUAUGCCACUGAAGAGAAUGCGGGACGGAUAUAUGUCAAUCUCACCGGCGGCCCUGCCAACAUGCCUCCCCACUCGUCACAUCCGAACCAGGGCCAAAACCAGCCUCACCACGGUCAACCUCAUCACGGCCAGCCGCAACAUGGUCAACCACACCACGGUCAACCACAUGGCCAGCCUCAUCACCAGCAAGGCCAUCAACAGGAAACUCCUGCCGAGAAAAUUGCUCGGAAGGCCGUGCCAAUCAUUCUCAGGAAGCUGGAGAAGGCUUGCUGUAUUGUUAUGUAA